AUGCAUCGACUUUUUGCUGAGCUGGAGCCAUCUGUUACCGUCACCGAGCAGAACCAGGCAGACCGAGUUCGGUAUAUCUUGCGCUCAAAUAUAUUUGAUGGCGGCGAACUUGAACGGCUACGACGUGAGGCUGUUCCCUCAUCAAGUGAAAAUGCUACGGCUGAGGAUGCGGCGCCACAAGUUGCAGAGCAACCGGCAAAUGUGGAUGCCGUUAUUGUACUGGACGCGUAA